ACAAGUUUAUGAUUGCACCGUCGUGGCAGCAGCUCGCAUUCUCAUAAGCGCCGGAAAAUUUACAUUUAAGAAAAAAUCAGGUAAUCACCUGUGCUAAGUGUUGUACUAAACAAAGUAGACGCCAAAAUGUGAUCGUUCUGCAAAAUUUGAGCAUGGAUAGUGUAGCGGUGAGCGGAAUAUCGUUUUGCGAACGCGCGCAGCGAAAUCCUGUCCAGUGGCUGCUUAUGGCUUUCGUAUUUACUUCGACUUUCUCUUUGGAUUCGCAACCGUGAGAAGCGCGGCAAUGGAAUCUGAAACCACGGCGGUAGAGUAUCUAAACGCGAGUGGCAUUCUUGCUUGCGUUGCGCCUGUGAAACCUACAGCGGUGGCAGCAUGUCGUCCGAUCCGCCUUCAACUGAACGCUCGCCGACAGAUGCGGAAGAAGCGGUUUGCCUCGUUUCGCACGGGCCAUCAAAGAAAAUCGUGAACCUCACAGGCGCCUGGAAACUCUCCGACCUCCACGAAAGUCCGCUGACAGGAGGGUUCGCGUACCUGAUGACAGGCAACGAUCUUCAAAUACAGGCUGUCUGGUAGUGCAGUUGAACAUGUGGAGAAUGUAGUCAAAGGACAGUACAAGGAAUUGUCAACGUACGCAAUGCCUCCAAUGCCCAUUGACAUUGCUGCACACCUCUUAAAUAUCGCAGCAGGAGACGUGCCUGACAAUCUUCAAAAGAAAAUUGAAUGGAUUGCCUACAAUUUGUCAUCUCAGACAAUGUACCCAAAUAAAUUGUGCAAUGUUGCUGCAAGGAGCCUCGUAAACCUGUACCCAGCACUGAGGGACACAUCGGAGCCUGGCCAUGUUGACUGUCAUUCGUGGGCAGAGUGGGCAGGUGUGACAAAGUGCAUGCCCACGUCCCUCUCGAGGGGGCCGCCAUUGCCGUCACAGCCGCAACGCCGCUUGCACGGCGAUGGGGAAGAGGGCUCCCCAUUGUUCUCGAGCUUGCCGCACCAGUGGGUCACAUGGGUCACCGGAGCGUGACGAGGGACGAGGCGGCUCGGCGAGCGGGCAGAGUGCACCGUGGUCGUGCACCGAGAGACAGCCGAAGAUGCGGUCGGCAGGCUGAAAUCUCCAGACUGAAUUCUUCGCCGGUCGAUCGACAGACGGUGCAAGUCCGUCAAGAUCUUUGGCAGUGAGGUGCCAGCAGCCCGACGCUCUUCAGAUCGGGAUCUCAGCGAGCACGCCACAGAUAAGCCUCGUGGUCCAGCCCACUCUCAGAACUUUCCGCCGGACUCUUUUUUUUUUUUUUUUAUCGCGUUUCAUCUUUCAUCGCGUGUUAAUUCUUGUAUGUUCAGCUAGCGUAGUGCUUGCCACGUUUAUUGUCGCGUGUAUUUUUCAUUUGUCACACAUUUUUUUAUUUCGCGAGUGUUAGUAGUUCCCCUGUGGUGGGCUUUGCGUCGCGCCAUGGCGUGCGUUGUGUGUGACCCGCACGCCUUCCGCAAAGCUUGGCACCGUCUGUUGUAGUUUGUGUAUUCUUUUUUUCAUUCUGUCUCUGGCAUGAUUUUACUUUAUUAAAUUGAGUAUGUUUGUA